CGGGGAAGAACCAGCCCCCUGGGCAGGGCCCCGCCGGGGGUAACCGCGGUCCGGGACCGAGCUGGCCGCUUUAAUGGCCGGGUUCUGAAGCCGCUUGGGCCAUAGCUUUGCACCGGGAGAGGGAAAACAUGAAUGAGGUAAAGGAGGCUCUAAGAAACAUAGAGCAGAACUACAAGCUCUUCCUGCAGCAGCAGUUUACGUUUAUCGGAGCACUGCAACACACCCGAGAGAAUGCACAUGACAUGAUCAGACCUGUGGCAAGCAUCAGCCAGGUACAGUCCUACAUGGAUCAUCACUGUCACAACUCCACGCACAGGCGUAUCCUCAACAUGUUCCUAAAUAUCUGCAAUGAUCUAAGCAAGCUCUGCCACAAGCUGGAAGCUGUGCAUUCUGGUAACAACAUAACCAAUGGCAUUUUGGAGAGAUGCAAGCUGCUUCUUAGCCACAGCAACGAUCUGAGCACCAUCCGGGCUAAAUACCCCCAUGAUGUUGUGAAUCACCUGAGCUGUGAUGAAGCAAAGAAUCAUUAUGGAGGCGUGGUGAGCCUCAUCCCCAUCGUCCUAGACUGCAUGAAGGAGUGGGUAACCCACACUGAGAAGCUGCCACGACACGUGCUGUAUAACGCAACUUAGCUCCUGUUUUUGCUUCCUGCUGGAAGACACUCCUGAAUAAACAAUUUCCCCUUGCAAACCUGGCUCAGUUUGCUAAAAUUGUGAAAAAGUUUUUGCCUUAAAAUGACCAGAUUUUAGCAACAAGCAGCCAAAAAAGAAAGGAGAAUGAAUACAGAAGAAGCAGCAUAGGAAGGAACGGUAGCUCAAAUGAAAUGGGAAAUAUUUUCAGGAGCAGUUGUAUUCCUCACAUAACACCCCUUCUUUUGCAAUUUUUCCUUUCCCCUAUCCACUUGUACUGCAAUGCAAUACAUCUAUCCAUGCUGGAGUAGAAGCCUGUUUUUAGGAGACAUCAUGAUCCCACUGAAUUGAACCUUGGUGAACUCCAAAAGGUAACGAAGCUUGUCAGGUCCACACAGAGGCUCUGAGGCACUACUGGGGCCACAGCCAGCUAAAUGGGACCGUCACCCCUUCAGGCUUUACUUGAGAGCCCUGUUGUAGAGGCAGCUUCAGGCAGAAAACCCAAAGUUACUGGCAGCUGCCCUAUUGUGUUUCAUGUUGUAAAGACAAGUGUCUGAUGACAGUUGCUGUCUCGGAAAGUUUUUCAAAACAUGCACAUGCUAGGUGGAGUAAAAGAUGACAAAUGUUGGGGACACAAAGGAUGUUAUUCCCAGAUCUUGUUUCCAACAUUUCUCAUUCCAUUGUAUAAUUUAAAUUUGAACACACAGGCUCUGAUGAGACCAAAAUUUUCCUCCAGUUAGUAAUUCAUUGUCAGCUUUCACAGUACAGCACAAAUUGCUUGUCAGAACAGUCCCAUCAAACCUAGUCUACCACCUCCCCAACCCUGCUCUUCAAAAUGCCAAUGUAGUUGUCCAUUCCUGUUUGACAAAGGUUGUGAUACACGCAAGAAACACAGUUCCAAACCUUAAUAUAUUCUUUCUAGCCUAGCCCUAUCCUUUCAAUCAGUCUUAGGCAGCCAAACUUUGAAGACACAAGCAGAAAAAUAAGUGCAUAAAACUUGGAGUCUGAGGUUUGGUAAUCAGAAUCUGUUGGAAGACUGCAAAGUUAACUCUCACAAAAACAUCUAGACAAAUUACUUAAUUUCCAUACAAGUUCUCCUCUUCCAGAGUGGAUGGACACUUCAAAAGACAAAAAGGUACAGCAAGAAUUGUUUUUCUCUACUACAAAUCAAGCUGUUUGAAGAAUUUACAUAAACAGGAUGUAAAUGCCAAGCACAGAAGUGCAAUAAAGUUUUACUUUAGCCUCUGUGAGCAUAAAAUUUCAAGAUACGCACUGAGAAACCAGGCAGGGCACCAAACUGACUUACCUAGAGAUCUGUCAGUUAGUUGAGGAAAUAAAUGCUGGUUUUUUGUUCAAAGACUGAAAUAGAGAUAUGGGCUGGUAGUAGUAGAUGAUCUCAAGAGAAUCCUGGCAUCUGUAGGCUAUAAAUGACUUCUGUGCUGCCCUUGAUUCAGCUGAGGGUCAAACCAGGCUUUUGUCAACCUGUAAUCAGGUCAAAAU